GAAGCCGUUUCAGGUCACCUAUAUAAAAGACUAGGAUAAUCAGAAAAAAAAUUUGGGGUGGUGUAGUGGGAAAACAUUCUAGAUCGAUAUACAUGUAUGCAGUCAGAUUGGUUUAGGGACAGGCAUGGAGAGUGGACUAAGUUACAUUCGUUCAGAUAAGGCCUCCACAGCACCUUACACAACAGUACCAAAACUCUUACAAAAAUGGGCGUCUCUGAAACCAGACCAAGAAGCUUUCGUGUUCUACAACCAAGACCUAAUACGGAGAUCGAUUACAUAUGACAGGCUUUAUAAGGAUUCUGUUAAACUGGCGAAAGGACUUGUACGUAAAGGCAUUGGGAGCGAGGAUAUCGUGGGGGUCGGAGGAAACAAUACUCCAGAAUGGCUGGUGAGCACUUUUGCUGUACAACUAGCAGGUGCCCGUCCAAUUCAUUUCCCCUUCUUGGACAAGGCGGGAAAGGGAAUUAAAGACUUGUUGAAUAGUGUUGGAGGUUGUUCGAUGUUGAUUUUUGACCCAGGACAUGAGGAUAGCCACUGGAAAAUAAUCCAGAACCUUGCUACAGUUGAUCCAGAAACAGGCUCUGUUAGAAAGUCUGAUGUAGCCUCUCUUAAAUGGGUAGUACUGGAAAGUCCCUUGGGUACGUCGGAAAAAGUUCUGACAAUCUCUGAUCUUUUUUGCGAUGAGGAAAUUAAACUACCUACAAUAGAUCCAGAAGACAUUGGAGCUAUUUUAACGACAUCGGGUAGUACGGGGCGUCCAAAACCAGUGGAAUAUAGCCAUUAUUAUAUUAUGCAAAAUGGACAAAGAAUGGCCAAAGGUGGGGAUGUGGAUUACUUACAAGAAAAAGGGAAACUGUUUCUAUAUUUUAACGACCGACCAUUUUUUUGGGCCGGGGGAUAUCCAUGGAGUGCAAUCAUAUAUGGAGGAACACGCAUUACUCUUUCGACUACACUGGCAUUUCCGUCAAUUUUGGACAUGAUCAAUUUUUCAUCUAAGAUCAUAGAACGAGAAAAACCAAGCACUGGCUUAUUUAUAGUUCCUUUUCUGCUAGAAAUCAUUUCAAGGGAAUCAUUUCCGUGGAAAUUCCAUUCAGUCAUUAUCUCAGGCCAACUUGUUCCAGAAAAAUGUUUAGAUGGAAUUGGAAAAUUUUAUUACGUCAUUUGUAACCUUUAUGGAACCACAGAGAACGGAACAAUGGCAACAAAACUAAACCGUUCGUCGUCUUCUUCAUUCGAUAUGAUUCCGACUGAAGGAUUUGAAAUUAAAGUCGUAGGUACUGAUAACAAGUUGCUACCCCUCGGAGAGAAUGGCGAAAUACUUGUCCGUUCUUGCCCUCCAUUCAGGGGGUACUUAAAGAAUGAAGAGCAAACCAAGAAAGUACUCACUCAGUCUGGAUGGUAUAAAACAGACGACUUUGGUCACAUUACUAAAGACGGUCGAUUGAAAAUACUUGGAAGAGUGUCGGACAUGAUGUUGAUUUCAGGAUCUAAUGUCUUACCAUCUGCCAUUGAAUCUAUCAUAAGAAAACACCAAGGGGUACAGGAUGUUGUCGUUUUCCCUAUUAAAGAUGUAAAGCAUGCAGACGAUAUUCCUUGCGCUGCCAUUGUAAGGAAGGAUGGAAUGAAGUUUAACGAAGAAAGCCUGCGUGAAUUUGUCCUCAAAGACUUAAACAUCGAAGACGAGGCUGUUUUUCUCGAAAAUUUAUUUGUUCCCAAAUACAUUGUUUUUCAUAACACGGAUCUGCCAAAAACGCCAAAUGGAAAGACGGACAGAAAAAAAACUCGAGAUUUGUCCAUUCCUUUGAUCAAAGAAAUUUGAAAAUCACUAUAUGAUCACCAAAAUCACAGCUUCGAAUUCCCAAGGGUUUUUUUUUUGUAAGGGAUGAGUACUUGUAGCUUUUUCUCCUGAACUACUGCCAAUCUUGCUAUUUGCAAAAAGCAUGCAGGGCAUAACAAGUUAUAGAUAUACCGGUAUGAGUACCUGACAAAUGUCCCUGCCCAAGGACCUAAGUAUGUCCCUGUUGUUCUUCUGAUCAAUUAGAUGUUUAUUACAUACUAAUUAUUAGUUCCCCCGGCUUUAUUGGGGUGGGCUAAAAUUGCCUUUUAAAGAGAACACAAUAAAUGCAACACUAUAAUACCGUAUGUGGAUUCGAAUUUGAUCAUAUCAGUUUUAGCUCACCUGAGCCGAAGGCUCAAGUGAGCUUUUAUGAUCACAUUCUGUCCAUCCGUUCGUCUAGCUGUCCAUCCGUCUGUAAACUUUCCACAUUUUCGACUUCUUCUCAAGAACCAUUGGGUCAAUUUUAACCAAACUUGGUACAAAGCAUCCUUGGGAAAAGGGGAGUUUAAAUUGUUAAAAUGAAGGUCCAAGUCCCAUCAUAGAGAGAAAUAAUUUU